GAAUACGUCUGUUUAUUCGCGGCAAAGCUUUUGUCCACUGGACGGAGCAGACGAUGAGGGGACCGGGCGAGAGCCGACACAAAGAGACACGUCAUCACUCGGCCACAGAGGACUACUUUGACGUAUCCCAACCUCUGUUAACUAAAGCCACUGAAACGGGUCAGCCGGAGGAAAAGCGAAUUUUAGAUGCUGGACAGUACACAUAUCCGUUUACGUUCGUCAUCCCUCAAUCGGCCCCGUCAUCGUUUGAAGGGAAGUACGGCUUCGUGCGCUACUGGGUCAAGGUCACUGUUGAACGUCACUGGAAAGAAGACGUCUCGGUGAAAAAACUGUUCAGCGUCGUUUGUCCAGUGGAUCUAAACAGGGAGCCGCCGGCUAGUCAACCAACCCACAACAAAAAAGAGAAACGCCUCUGUUGUCUCUGCUGUACAUCUGGACCAAUCACCGCCGACCUGAGCUUGAGCCAUAGAGGGUUUGUAGCUGGGGAAAAAGUCUACAUCAGUGCCGACGUCAAGAACCGCUCCAGGAGGAAAAUAGGCAGUACGUCCGUGGAGCUGCUGAUGACCACCACGUUCUAUGCCCAAAACAAAUCCCGCUCAGUCACAGAACAAGUUGCCUCCCUUCACCAUGGUGCUCUGUCCCCUGGGAAAACUGACUGCUGGGAAGAGGAGCAGUUUGUGAUUCCUCCUUUACCCCCGUCCUUCAUGAUUGGCUGCAGCAUUAUGGAUGUCAAAUAUACCUUGGAGCUUAGGGUUUUUCCUGUGGGACCAGCUUUUGAACUUGCCGUACCUGUUGAAAUAAUUAUAGGCACUGUUCCAUUAAAUUCUACUAUUGACAACUUUAUAAUCAUGCACCAAAUGACUCCUCCAACUCCAAGGAAUGUGCAGCGCUCUGCGUUAAAAGGUGCGGCCCCAGUCUUCCCAGACAACAAUCACAUACCAGCUUUAGUGCCGUCAAGUUUUUCUAAAUCUCCUAUGUGCCACUUCCAUCUUCGCGAUGAUGAAGAUGAUCAAAGGACUAUAAUGGAGAGCUUUACACCGAAGUUUCUUUAUUAUAAUUUUCAAGUUAUUCCACAAAGACGCAAUCAAACUAAAUCCAGAAUGAUCCAUUAUGCUUGACUUUCAUUGUUGCAGCUGAUAUUCUGUUUUGUUAUCAUU